AUGAGUGCUCUAUUGAAAGAUUAUUUGGACAAGAAGGUGAUGUUGGUCAAUGUCGAUGGAGACACAUACUAUGGUGAAAUGAAAGGGUUUGAUCAUGCGGGAAACAUGAUUCUUUUAAAGGACAGCAAGAUAUGCAUUAUACGGAGUAGUGAAGUGGUAUUAUGUGGGCUGAUAGAUGAUAUACCAGAAGAAAAAGAACUGGCAAAACUUCAGAAGUUCCCAGCGUGUAAGAAUAAGUUACCGUUUAAAGAAGAAAUAGACAUUUGGAGUGAGCGAUGGGCUAACAGAUGA